AAAUAAUGGUUCAUUGUUCUUCAUUAAUCUUACAAAGAAAAUGGCAAAUACAAUGAGCUUCAAAUCCAUUUUCAUAACCUAUGUAGCAUCACUAAUAAUAAUAAUAAUUUCCCUUAUCUCCAUCUCGAAAUGCGAUGCAUCUUCGUCGAAAUCGGGUUUCACCGUCGACCUAAUCCACAGAGAGUACUCCCCUCAAUCCCCUUCGUACGACCCGUCGCUAUCGCCCUACCAACGUCUCGCAAACGCGGUCGAGAGAUCGAGAGAUCGCGCCCGUCGGUUCGACACGAAGAGGAUCGAAUCCAAACAAACGGACCCUCGACCGGAAAUCGUCAACGCAAGAGGAGAGUACCUCAUCCAAUACUCGAUCGGCACUCCGCCGGUCUCGUCGUUGGGCAUUUUCGACACGGGGAGCGACCUUUUGUGGACUCAAUGCAAGCCCUGUCUGAAAUGCUUUACGCAAAAACUUCCGAUCUUUACGCCAAACGCUUCCUCCACGUACCGACGAAUCCCAUGCAACAACCCGAAGUGCACUUCCUUGAAAGAAACCUUCUGCAGCAAAUCCCGGAAAAAAAACUGCCUAUAUGGGGAGAAUUACGCCGACGGAUCCUCCACAAACGGCGAGCUCGCUCUAGAUACAUUGACACUAGCCUCUAGCACUAAGGGCAAAACGGUCAUUUCCCCGAAUUUCAAAUUCGGGUGCGGAUUCAGCAACAACAUGCCGUUUACAGCUGGCGAAUCGGGGAUCGUGGGUCUCGGAGGCGGGCCCGCCUCGCUGGCGAGGCAACUGCCGUAUGCUCGGGGGAGAUUCGCUUACUGCCUCGUGUCGUUGUCGGACAAUAGGUCGAACUCGAGCAAGUUGAGUUUCGGGGCCCGCGCUAGGGUUUUGGGACGGGGGGUGGUUUCGACCCCCAUGGUCCGGAAGGAUCCCGAGACGUUCUACUACUUGACGAUGGAAGGGAUCACCAUCGGGAACCAACGGCUGAGAUUCGACGAUGACAAAAACCCUAGAGCACGUCCGGAGGGCAAUAUUAUCAUCGAUUCCGGGACGACGUUGACUUUGCUACCGUUCGGUUUGUACGAUAGGAUUGUGAAGGCGUUAAAGAGUAGUAUAAAGUUGAAGGAGAUUGAGGAUCCACAAGGGGUGUUGGAACUUUGCUAUUAUUCGAAGGAUGACGCGAUCAAGAUGCCACGUGUCACCGUGCACUUCAGAGGGGCGAAUGUGGACUUGAAGCAAGACAAUGUUUUUGUUCGGACGAGUGAAACGUCGGUGUGCUUGGCGGCGCGGCCGGUCGAAGGCGAGGCUAUUUAUGGAAACUUGUGGCAGGUGAAUUUCUUGGUCGGGUACGAUCUUUCGAAGAGGACGGUGUCGUUUAAGGCUGCCGAUUGUGGUCGACCGUGAUUAAAAAAAAAAUUAUUUAGAUAAAAAAAAAUAAUAUAGAUCUUGAACUUAUGUAAUUAAUUUCAAGAUUUUUAUAAGUUAAUGAAGGGAAGAUUCAAAAUGAGUCAUGAAUAUAAGUCUAAUUCCUUAACUAAAAUGCUAAAUAACUAAAAUUAUCGAAUCACGCACACGUUAAAAUCCUCCAACACCGAAAAAAACCAUACUUGUUUUCUACCACAAAAUCAGACACCAAAAAAUUCAAAGUAGAAAUUUGAGGAAAAUCUUCACAAAUUUAAGCUACAUUUAUGUAGCUACUAAUUUCAUGGUUUGAACGAAUUCCCCGAUUUCUCUCUU